AGGCGGGGAGCAGAGGCGGUUCCUGGGCCCGGCCAGGUGCGGGCAAGAGGGGGAGGGCUCCGGAGCGCCCGCGGGGCAGGGGCGGCAGGGAUGCUCUGCGGUCACGCACCCCCCCCGCGCCCCGCGCCCCGGUGUGUCUGCCGCUCGGACACUAACGCAGACGGAUGGGUGGGCGGGUGAGAGACGCGGCGCGCUUGGCCCCAGGCGGCGCAUCGCUCAGCCGCCGCCCCCGCCACGAACGGGUCGAGGCGCGGGUCCGGCGGCAGAUAAAGGGGCCGUGAGGCGAGCGGGGGCCGGCGGGCCGCGGCAGCAGCAUGAGCGUGGCAGACCCGGGUCCUGCUGCGGGCGCGGACCCCGACGCGGACCCCGGCCGGGCGGCAGCGGCCUCCGCCUACCGGCGCUUCGAGCCUCGCGCCUACCUCCGCAACAACUACGCGCCCCCUCGCGGGGACCUGAGCAGCCCGGACGGGGUCGGGCCUUGGAAGCUGCGCUGCUUGGCGCAGACCUUCGCCACGGGCGAGGUGUCUGGACGCACCCUCAUUGACAUUGGUUCAGGCCCCACCAUAUACCAGCUGCUCAGUGCCUGCGCCCAUUUUGAGGACAUCACCAUGACAGAUUUCCUGGAGGUGAACCGCCAGGAGCUGGGGCUCUGGCUGCGGGAGGAUCCCGGGGCUUUCGACUGGAGCGCGUACAGCCAGCACGUCUGCCUCAUUGAAGGCAGGGGUGAGUCCUGGCAAGAGAAGGAGUGGCAGCUGCGAGCCAGAGUGAAGAGGGUCCUGCCUGUUGACGUGCACCAGCCUCUGCCCCUGGGUGCUGGGAGCCUGGCACCCCUGCCUGCUGACGCCCUGGUGUCCACCUUCUGCCUGGAGGCUGUGAGCCCAGACCUUGCCGGUUUUCAGCGGGCCCUGGACCACAUCACAACCCUGCUGAGGCCUGGGGGGCACCUCCUCCUCAUCGGGGCCCUGGAGGAGUCGUGGUACCUGGCUGGGGACGUCAGGCUAGUGGUGGUGCCAGUGUGUGAGGAGGAGGUGAUGGGGUCCCUGGUGCAUAGUGGUUAUGAGGUGAGGGACCUGCGCACCUAUACCAUGCCUGCCCACCUUCGAACAGGUGUAGAUGAUGUCAAAGGCAUCUUCUUCGCCUGGGCUCAGAAGAAGGUGGGGGUGUGAGGGCCCAGUGUACCCAGUGCUGACAUUCUUAUCCACCCAGAUUCCCUAUUAUCUGAUGUGGUACCAAAUAAAGACAUAAAUUAUC